GAUGGCUACUCAGACUCAACGUAAGUACCCUCAACGGAAAGAUUCACAGCUAAUUGGCAGCUGUAGCUGGCUUACAAACUCCUCAACACCAACUGAUCCAAAUAAAAUCCAAGCUGAACUAAGGAGCUGGAAAAGGUCUUUACCGGAAGAAUUUGACUUGGAGGAUACCGAUCCACGCAGCUCAAGAUACCGAGCGAUUUUCCAUCUCUACCUCAAUUAUUACUAUGCUUGGAUCGUUAUUGGAAAGGCUUCUCUAAUCAUGAGAGUAAGGACAAAUCUUCAACGUCACCUAGGCCAAGGAUCUCAACCCCGUCCAGUUGAUCCGACUGCCGAGAAUCUGUCCGCUUCCUGCACUAGAGCAGCCAAAAAGCUACUCCAGUUAUUCGAGAAACUUGUUCAAUCUGGAAACUCUGCUCGAUUCUCAUUUACCGACUUCCAAGGUUGCAGCAUUGCAACUAUCAUUACUCUUAUUGCAGGCAUCCUCCAGCGUGACUCUACGUACGAUACUAGGGUAAACUUUGGUCUCAACUGUCUACGGCAGAUGGUGAAUGGGAACCCAGCAGCCACAGUAGGCGUCAAGUUCGUGGAAACACUGCAGUCCAUUUCUGACGAAUCGGCUCGAAAACUGCGCCAGUCGGGCACUUUCACGGAUACACAUGAACGAGAAGAGGCAACGUCGCCCUCAGCGUACAAUUGUUGGGCAGAGUGGCUUGCGGCGCAGGAGCGGUCGUUCAAUCAAGGAUACUCGGUACCGGCAAGGGAGACAACUUCUGGGAAUGUACCAGUAGGAGGAACACCGUCGUUAUGGCCAGUCUCGAUAACCCUUGGAGAGAGCUGGAGUGGAGAGUUACAUCCAGGGGUUGAGGCUUCCUCUGCACAGAGACCAUCGAUAUCACUGCCCAGCGGGGCGUCAGGGUUGGAUAUAGUGGGGAACGACCAUCUUUCGACGCUGUAUCAUGAUGACCAGAAUUUCCUGAUGGGCCUCACUGGAUUAGACGUUCUGGACUUUGCUGGGUACUCAUCUUAACCAGCAGUCGAAUAAGGUCAUGAACAGCGAGGUAGAAGAGGGAGCAGCCAAGCCUUCCGGUCCCUGAGGCUUUGAAAAGACACCAACAAGAAUAAUAAUACUCCUGGCCGCUUGCAAUGUAGGUGAUGGCAACAAGCGGGCUCAGAUUGCUACACCUCUCGCUAUUAUCUAAUCACCAUCCCCUUCAAUCUUCACAAAACGGCUCUUUGC